GUCACCACGUAGGAAGUAAACAUAUCAGUCAUCAGCACAACCGGAUUCACGAGUUUUUUUUUUUUUUAAUUUCCUAACACUUUGUGAAGUUUAAAUAUAUACAUUGUCUCCAUAAAUGUAGAGUUAAAUCAGCGAAAUGGUUCCACGGCAGGACAUUUUACACGAUGCUGACGAUAUAUGAUCGAUCUGAGGUGUGACAUCAUUCCGGCUCGAGCAUUAAUGACAUCUGUUGCUGAAGGUGUAAACCAGACGUGGCUUGCUGUGGCUCCAUGGCUGAGGUGCUGGGGCAGAGGAUCCUGUUCGGCUUUGGUGUUGUCCUGGCGUGGCUGGUGCUGUUCCACCUCUUCAUGAACAUCUGGCUGCUCUGUGUGUUCACCAGCCUGCUGGUGGUGUUCGGCGGGUGGCUCAGCUCCCAGGCUAUGCUGGAGUCCAACACUUUGGUUCACUUGGAGAGGUUUAUCACCUUGGAACAGGUUCCACCAUCUGUUGAUGAUGAGCAUCACCUAGACCAGGAGAUCCACAACACAGUGAGGAAAAUCAUCAGGGACUUUGUCUCCUCCUGGUAUUGCACCGUGUCCUCUAGGAGUGGUUUUGAAAUGGAAGUUCAAGACGCCAUGAUCUCCAUGGCAAUGGAGCUGAAAACACGUGCGAGACGGGUGGACAGGAAGGAACUGACCCAGAGGAUCCUGGACUUGUUUGGCUGCCACCUGCAGGAUUAUCUGAGAGCCAAAGAGCUGGUGAGUGAGCAGAUUGGACAGAGGAGCAAUGACGGAGAGCGGCUGUGGAAGGCGUAUUCCAGAGUUAGCACACCUCAUCCCAUCAUGGGCAGUGAUACGGUGGAAGUCAACUACACCAGAGCAGUGGUCAAUUUGCUGCUGCACAUUUUGGUGCCAUCUCCUCACUUGGAAACUUGCUCUGGUAGAUUUGUAGUCGGAGAGCUUAUCACCUGCAAUGUCCUACUUCCUCUUGUUGCCAAGCUGUCCGAUCCCGACUGGUUAAAUCUUCUCAUGGUUGAAGUAUUUACUAAGUCGAGAGAGUGUCGUGCCACAGUUACAGGAGAUCCGCUGACUUCAUCCCUCCCGCCACCGCCACCACUGCAAGCUUCAUGUGCUGACUCAGAGCGAACUCCACAACCAGAUAUAGCACUUGUACUUCAAAACAGUAGUGAAGUUCCUCCAUACUGCAUGUCAGCCUUAAGGUCAGAGACUGAAGUGAUCAGUGAUGCACAGAUGGCCACACCCAAGUUUCCUGGCUUUGACAUAAUGGACUCAGAAGAAUGUUCACAGAACAACCCUGAAGAAGGAGAGCCCACUGGACCCUUCUUAAGGAAUUACCUUAGACCAGGCAAGUCAAAUCCCUUUUACCAGGAAAAUGACUUUGACCUAGAUUCUCCACUGACUGACUAUAAACGGAGUCCAAUUGAUUCUUUGCUCAUGAUUACCCAAGAGGAUGGCCUAUAUGAUAUCCAGAAAAACAGCACCACAUCGAUUGAGAAUGUUAUAUACUUGGAGGACGGUUACGGUGGCCUAGUGGAUGGCUCUUGCCCUAAGGUCUUGGUGAAUUCAGAGUCAGCAGACCCUGCUGAUGGCUUUGGCUCCUCAUCAUUAAGGACUCUUAGUUCGACAAGCCUCCAGGACCUGGAGAGGGAAGGAAUGUCACCACAUCAAACCAGAGAGCUCCUUCUGGGAGUAGGGCAGAAUGUUCUGGGUAGUUCUCAAGAGCUUACUGUAGUCAGUCCAUUGCAGGGCUCUUCCCCCAUGUCGUCCUUCAGUUUUGAGCCACUCAGCAGCCCAGAGGGACCGGUCAUUAUUCAGAACCUCCGCAUUACCGGCACCAUCACAGCUAAGGAACAUCGUGGGACCGGCUCACACCCUUACACUCUCUACACCAUCAAAUAUGAGACUGCAGUGGGUUGUGAGAACCCAGGGAGCAUUCAGCCGGUCUCUGGGGAUGUAGAAUCUGUACAGACCGUUUGUGAGAAUUUGCCAUCCAUUCAGCCGGUAGCUUACCACAUGGUCAACCGGCGAUACAGCGAGUUUCUCAACCUGCAAACACGGCUGGAAGACAGACCAGAACUACGUAAACUCAGCAAAGGUGUGAAAGGUCCAAAGAAGAUAUUUCCAGACAUGCCAUUUGGAAACAUGGACAGUGACAAGAUCGAAGCCAGGAAAGGACUUCUGGAGACCUUUCUAAAGCACCUGUGUGCAAUCCCUGAAAUAGCCAACAGUGAAGAAAUGCAGGAGUUUCUGGCUCUCAACACAGACGCCAGGAUCGCUUUUGUCAAGAAGCCGUUCUUGGUGUCGCGCAUAGACAAGAUUGUCGUCAGUGCCAUUGUGGACACUCUGAAGACAGCAUUUCCUCGUUCAGAACCUCAGAGCCCCACGGAGGACAACGAAACAGAGGUGGACGCGAGCAAAAUAACCACCGACAAGAAGAGCAAGUCUCGUCUGAGGUUUCCCAGUAAAAACAUUCCCUUCAUGAACGGAGCAGACAUGAGGCCAGCCGUUUUGUUCAGUUCGGAACAAAGUAACACAGUGUUCAACGGGAUGUCCCUUGUGGAGUUUGAAGUCUUGAUUAGCAAACAGGAGACACUUUCCAUCAGAGUGGAAACGGAGAAAGGCAACAGUCCAGCAAUCGAAGAACUCAGAAGCUGUCGAAACGAGCACGUGAAACAACAGCAGAGUCCGGAGUCAAUGUCUGAGACGGCGCUGGCUGAGGUGGCCCUGAACAUUUUGUGUCUGCUGAUGAAGGAGCAGUGGAGCUGGUUGUGCACUGAAAACAUUCAGAGGACCAUCAAGCUUCUGUUUGGGACCCUGAUAAACAGAUGGCUAGAUGUGGGUGUAGCCAACCUGACGUGUACACGGUACUGGGUGCUGUACCUGCAGGUCCUCCAGGAGGCCAUAUGGCCAGGGGGCGCUCUGCCCACGAGCCCUCGACCUGAACGCAGUCAUCAGCAGAAGGAUGUCACCAAGCAGCAAGCUUUACAGUGUCUGAUCACACUCCUGCCAGAUCUGGUCUCGGAUAUGUUGGGUUCUGACAAAUACAAACUCAGCUGGCAGACAGCUUUGGACUCACUCCAGGACCCGAACAUUAACAGACACCUCCUCUACUGUAUAUGUGACCUUCUCUUGGAGUUCUUGGUUCCUGAAUUACCUGACGAGGGUUUCCAGAGGACACUCCUGCAGAGCAUCUCUAAGAGUCCAGAUAGAAUUCCAUCUUAACAAGACCAGUCAGAAACCCGCUCAUGCACAGGGACACCAAGUCCAACUAAGCUUUUUUUCCUUUCUUUAAACUGAUCAUUUACCAAUAAUCAGUUGCUGAAAUUUGGCUCCACAGCUGGACUGCUUAUAACAUUCAUCAGCUGAGUGAACCGUUGUGGUGUCCACUUUGUGUUCAUGCGGUGACACACGAGGCUCUUGAGCACGGCGCGUUGCUUGCUGUGUGCACAAGACGCUACAUGUGCACCAGCUUCACUUACAUAAGAGUGUCUGGUUUGUGUUUGAACUCAGAAUGCGUCUGAAGCGAUCAGCGUCUCAAAGCCUAUCCCCAAAGUCUCUACGUGCGGCUUCUUCCUGCUGGCUGAAAUGUCCAGCUUUGUCUAAACUCACAGCAGAUGGUCGGCAGUCUCUGGGCUAUUAAAGAAAAGGAGGAAUUUUUUUCUUCCUUAAGCCUCGCCGUUACCGUCGCCAUUUCUCUUCUUGUUUGACUCAUUCCUCGCUAUUCCGCCGGCUCCAUGUGGAGCUGCACACUUCCUAAAUCUGAGCCUUUCUGAGGGAUCAUCAUGUCGUGAAUUAAAAAAUUUUAUUUAAGUGUCCAGGUGGAGAUAAAAAGAAUGGAAUAGUUGAAAAGAUUUACCAGCUCAAGACUGUCACAGUUGUUUUAACCACAUGGUUUCUUGUAGUUAAUCAUGAAGUAAUGUAAGAACUGCACAAAGCGCGCAACAUGAAGGAAGUUAAAAACUGUUUGUGGAGGUACGUUCAUGAGAUUUAUUUCUAAAUUAAGGUUAUACUGUAAAAUUCUGCGCAUUUAAGCUUGAGUCAGUUAUUUAAAUCAGAAAAUCCACCAGGCAUCAGUUUUGUUUUGUUUUUCUGUCCUUAACUAUGCUGCGGUGCCAGCGGGGGGCGCUGUGUCAUCAAACUAAAAAUAACCUCUUAAUCCAUGAGAGAUUUAUAAUAAAAUGUUCCGGCUUCCAAUUUCAGAUUCUCUCCAAAAUUAAGUCGACUAUUUGUUAAAAUUCAUCAAAUUUCAUUAAAAUGUUUCCCUAACAGGAAAAACAAAGCCACAGCCUCCGUGGUACAGUUAAACAUUAAAUUGUCAGAGUUAAUUGUUGCUGCAUUCGUCCACGAUAUGGUCACUUUAUUCUUGUUGAAAGUUGUUGCACUUUGAAAAAUGGGUCUUUUUGUGUUCGUAAAACUGAAAAUUGGUUAUGUCAUAGUGUCUUAUUGUUUUGCCUUAAUGUUCUUUGUCUGAAAAUUUUCGUCUGAAAUUUCUACACAUUUUUGGUAACCUAAUAUUUUUUGCAAAAAAAAGGCAAAAAUCUUGACUUUAUAGACACACUGGAACAAAAUCUAUAGAAGAGAUAUUUAUGUGUGAUUACUGCAAGCUGUCAGGUAUGUCUUUAAAUAACCUAUUAUCACAUAUUUCAAAAUCUCUUAAAUCUCUGAAAUAACCGACUAACCGGUCCCAUCCCUUGUUAACCGGCGAGCCUGAAGCGAUUAAAUGUCACUGAAUUUAUUCAUGUUGACGGGCGGUGCUGAUAAAGGAUUAUGAUCUGAAAAGGUGAACGCUGCUGUUCAUCCAUGGCGUCCGUCAUAGCCAAGUCACGCCCACUCCGGAAAAGGAAAUUAGAAAAAAAAUCUCACUGUGAAAUGCUGAUGAAAUGUCGAAUAUGUGAUUGUCAGUUUGGCAGAAAGAAAGAUGGCGGUGUCACGUGUAAAUUCAUAAAAACCACAGAAAAAGAUUCAAUCCUCUUGGUUGACUUGUUGGAACCAGUCAAAAUGAGGAAUUUGUGCUUGCUAUAUUAAUUUAUGAACUUAUUCAGUGAUAUCACCGAAUCAUUUCAGCUGCGUUAGCAACAUUUAAAAUAAAUUUUUAUUUUCAAGUCCAAAUGUAUCUUAAUUAUAAAAUACAGUUUUUAUGCUUAUCCUCAAAAAUUCCACAAAGAAAAUUUUUUUAUCUGCCUUCUGUUUGUGCACCGCUGGUCCAUGUACCCUGUGGGGCCACGGGGCCAAGGUUGAGAAACUCUGAAGUCAGUGUUGCAUUUGUGUCUGUAGGAGAAAAUUUGCAGCCAUUCCAGUAUUACUUUUUUAAUCUUUAAAUUAUUUGUUGUUCCGUUGAUGAAUGUCAGCGAUUGUGUGCCAGCGUCGUCCACUGACUGAUAAAUAAAUGAAGUGCUUUUUUUCUUUCCAGGAUUUUGCCUUAGAGCUGAGUUUAUUGAAGAUUUCCACAUGCAGCGUAAUGCGCUCGCUCACAGAUGUUAGCCUGCAGCUACGUGUACGUUUUGUUUUUGUUUGUUUUUGUUUUGUUAGACUGCGCGCGAUGCUCAUGCUGUUACUGUUGUGUGAUGUUUUAAUGUGACGCCUCUCUGAAGAAGAAAAACAUGAAAAACAUGCAGCUUUUCACUGUUUGCUUUCAGAUGUUACGAGUUCACAGGAUUUUUUGUUUGUUUCUCUUGAAAAAUGUGUGUUACUUGUGUAUUGUGCCUUCACAGCUGUACAUAUUGUUUCCAAACGCUGUAGUAAGUGUGCUCUGUCUGACAUGAUCGCUGUGUUUUGUGUUUUAGAAAAGUCACACUGGAAAUGAACAUUAGCAUCCGUCCAUGUCCGUCUUUUUUUAAUGCACCGUGUUUUGAAACCAGACUUGCACAGUUUCUGUCUUAUUUCCGAUUAGACCCCAGGUUGAAUUUUCCACACUUGUGAACAUGUUGUGUUGUGCUGUGAAUAUAAAUUGCACAGAUUAUGUUGUCAUCAGUCUUUAAUACAUUUCCUGAAAGUUCCUGUAUAUAUUUGCAAAAAAUAAUAAAAGAACCAUACA